AUGAUACCCGCUGCAACCUUUUCGCACACGGACGCCAUCAUGGACAUGCAACAAAACGUCGACGGCAUCUCGCCCAAUCAAUCUGAUUUCUUUAUUGGUUCUGUUGAGACCGAACCGUACAGCGACCCGAACGUUUAUAUGGACGCUGCCAAUGUCUCGCCGUCGCAAAGCUCUGACACUCCUUAUCAAAACAGUCAUCCGUUCUUCCAAGACUACAUCGCUUCGGACGUCUACCCUAGCCCGGAGAUCGAAGCAGAGUCGCCCAUGUCUGAGAUCUAUCAGCAGCACCUCGUUGAGCAUGAGCAAGUCAUGUCUAUCCCUCGCGUGAAGGAAGAGCCAGGGCAGCCUCUGGCUGGCUCAAUGGUCCGUGCUACGCCGUCGACCGCAUGUGCUUCCGAGAAAGCCACCACGCCGGCAGCCAAGCCGCCUGCCAAGCGCAAGCGGGAAAAUCGGUAUAAAAAUGCGCCCCAGUCUGUGUUGAUUCGCAGACGGGCCCAAAACCGCGCUUCUCAGCGAGCUUACCGCGAACGCAAGGAUCAACGUAUUAAGGAUCUUGAACAAUUGUUGGAGGAGUCUCAGUUCAAAAGCAACCAGCUAAGCAUGCUAUUGCAAACGUCUCAUGCCGAGCUCUCUGUCGCUUCCACGAUGUCGACAGCGACGUCGGCUUCAAGUGCUCCAACUCCGAUCACAGCUACGUCUGUUGUGGCGGGCUUUGACCCUGCCGCAGCAAGUACAAUGACGGUAGCAGCGCACCCAGAUGACAUAGAUUCGAUGUACAUCUACGCGCAAAUGGGGUCGUCAUACGAUAUUUGA